UUUGCGGUAUUUCACCGCAUGGAUCUGAGUAGUACUUUUGACGCGUAAAUUACAUCGCCCCUCAUGCAAGAGGAAAACCAUAUAUGGUCGUGGAAGUAGGUGUGGCGAGCAGACUGGAGAGGAUCACAAGGAUGAGCCGAAAGAAUGUGUUGUUCGAUUGAGAGAGCGUUCUGCAGCGGGAGAAACAAGGCCUCGUAGGACAGCGGAUGUGUUGUGUACAUGUAGGCUAUUUGUGCAAUAGUAACGCAAUAAUGUGCAACACUUAUUGUGCGACAUUGUCCAUAUUCCUGCAGAUCGUUGCUCCAUUUUGGACCGGAUAGCACGUUUGUUUGAAUGACAUCGAUCUACCUCAUUCUUUGACUUGAAAAAUAAUAGUGAGGUCAGCAUAGAAUGACUCAACGCUAGAGAUGCAUGCAGUCAUAUCUCCGUUCGAUUGCACACUGUGGGGCGCGUGGACCCGGGGACAGUUGCUGCACUGGUGGUCACCGCAGAAACAUGGCAAGCACAGGUGUCUCCCAUGAAUGAACGAGGCCAGUGGACAUCCAGACAUCUCUAUCAGCACCGGCAACCUCUCAAUACAGCAGGAAGAGGAGUUCAAGGGGAGAAGGAGAAGAUUGGGUUUUGUCUACGUCCAAUCCAACUCCUUGGCUUUUGGUUGCAUAUGUGGUUUGGUGAUUUCCGUUAAAAUAUGCAACCCCCUCUCCUAGGGUGUGUGCUGUGAACUUUCUAUUCCCUUUAUCUUCAGAUAAGGCCAGUGGAAGAGGACCACGUUGGGACAUACGUUGAUUGGUGGUCUGUGUGGUUGGGGGACUGUUAUGCACCUAGUACCUCAUAGUCCCCCCACCUCGCCCCGUUAUUCAUGCCAGCCAUGAGUUUACCACCCCAGCAGAAACCCAACAGUAAGAGAACAGGCAAGCGCAUCUCUUUUUUCAACGACCAAGGAGUGGCGAUGAAGGAGACGUCUUCUCAGCAGAAUCCAGAAGGUUCUUGCUACGGCCUUGGUGCCCCAGCCUCAGGGCCUGGUCCUGGGCAGAGUGAGGCUGCAGGCACCGUCACCUCCACAACCUCCAACCCAGAGGCUCCACAUACUGGUGUGUACCUUAACUCAGUGAUCUUCAGUCCAGAGAAAGGAGACCAGAGUCGGGGACAUUACCAACAGACUGUACCCAUGAAGUGGGCACACCAGGACCCAGCAGCUCAACCACAGCCUCACCAGAGAACUGGGACUGGGACUGGGACUGGGACUGGGAACUGGACACAGGGUGUCACUAUGGCUAACUGGGGUCAGAACUUUGCUCCCUACCUAGGGGGCGUCAACGUCAGUGACUCACGGUCCCAGACCCAGACUGCCUUUGCCAAGCAGCAGAUCCGUGAGGGGCCUCCACCCCUGCAGCCACAGCAGCCACAGCCUCCUAGUAGGGCUGCAGAGAAGCAGCCUCCCCAGCAGCAGCAGGUGGUUAACCCUAACCCUCUGCCUGCUGGAGGAGAGGCCUACAGAGACGUUAGAGACGUGGCCAAGCCUCGCAGCCUAGAGUGGGAGCAGCAGCAUCAGGCCUCCCAACAGCAACAGCAGUCCCAGACUCAGGAAUUCCCACAGACCCUUAAGCCUGGGGCUCUAAAUGCCCAACAGCACAGCACAUCCAACCCUGCGAGCAGCUCCGUGCUUCAGCCCUUCCAGCUAGCCUUCGGCCAGCCUAAGCAACACCUAACGGCUGGCUACUACCAGGUGUUUCAGGGGGGCAAUAGGACAUUACCUAAUCUGAACUACAAUGCCCAACAGCCCAAACCCCAACCACAUCCACAGACCCAACUUCGUCCACAGCUCCAGCAGCAGCUGCAACAGACCCAACAGCAUCCACAGCUCCAGCAGCAGCUGCAACAGACCCAACAGCAUCCACAGGUCCAGCAGCAGCUGCAACAGACCCAACAGCAUCCACAGGUCCAGCAGCAGCUGCAACAGACCCAACAGCGUCCACAGCUCCAGCAGCAGCUGCAACAGACCCAACAGCGUCCACAGCUCCAGCAGCAGCUGCAACAGACCCAACAGCAUCCACAGCUCCAGCAGCAGCUGCAACAGACCCAACAGCAGCUGCAACAGACCCAACAGCAUCCACAGCUCCAGCAGCAGCUGCAAAAGACCCAACAGCAUCCACAGCUCCAGCAGCAGCUGCAACAGACCCAACAGCGUCCACAACUCCAGCAGCAGCUGCAACAACGACAACAGCAACAGAAACAAAUAUUACAGCAACAACAACAAAUGCAACAACAACAUCAUAAGAUGCAACAGCAGCAAAUGCUUCAGCAUCAACAGCAACUACAACAACAGCAACAACAACUACACAUAAAACAAGAGCAACAGUUACAACAGCAACAACAAAUACAACAGCAACAGCAAAUACAGCAACAAUUACAGCAACAACAACAAAUACAACAACAGCAAUUGCAGCAACAACAACUCCAACAUGUUCUAGAAUACUACCCCAGCAGCCAGAACCCACCUACCCACCCACACCCUCACUCCCAGCCGCCCGUGUUAGUGCCCUCCCAAGAGCCCUGUGCUCAGGCAGCAUCCUCCACAGACCUCCAGGAGAUGUCCCCAGUCCCUCCAAACACCCCCCCACACACAGACUCCCAGCUCCCCCCCACGGAGACCCAGCUCCAACCUCCCCAUAUCCAGCUGCAGCCUCGAAGGUCCAGGAGACUCUCCAAGGAAGGUGGACCACCACCAGUUGACAACCCCUUCCUCAUACCAUCUGAUGGGGCCCAGAAUGGGGCCUCUGAGGAGCCAGGUGGAGCACCGAAGGCGGAUGAAGUCCACGUUGCCCAGAUGGCCCCUACAGGGGUCAUCCAGAGCACACGCAGGAAACGGAGGGUCUCCCAGGAGGUUAACCUGGAGACGCUGGCCCAGAAAGCCUCAGAGAUGGAGUCCCUACCGCCACACAUCGUCAAGGCACAGCACCACAGGCCCUGGAGCCCCCAGAGACCAGCACCAGGGCGAGGGACCAUGGACAAGGAUUCAGGGGGCCACAGUGCCAAGCGGCCCCGUGAUGAGAGCAUGAUGCCCCUGGUCAUCCCUGUGUCAGUCCCUGUACGGAGGCCAGACCCCUCCUCGUCCUCGUCCUCCCCAGACGGGGAGCACUCUACCCCGGGGACAGGCUGGCCACAGAGACCCUUCACCCUCCAGGACGUGACCAGUAUGGACGGCAAACCCUCCGUCAUUGUCACCCGCAGGCGAUCUCUCAGGAACUCUCUGUCAGAGAGCUCAGGACAGAACAGCGGAAUCGAGGGAGGGAACGACAACGACGGCAAGAAGCCCAAACGCCGUCCCCGGCCCGAACCCCUCUUCAUCCCCCCUCCCAAGCCUGGCACCUUCAUCGCCCCUCCUGUCUACUCCUGCAUCACUCCCUACCAGAGCCACCUCCGCUCCCCUGUCCGGCUUAUAGACAACCCCCUGACCAUGCCACCCUACACCCCCCCGCCCAUCCUCAGCCCGGUGAGAGAGGGAUCAGGUCUCUACUUUUCUACCUUCCUCUCCUCUGCUGCAUCCAGCCAGGGUCUGCCUCCACCCAGGGUCUGCCUCCAGCCAGGGUCUGCCUCCAACCAGGGUCUGCCUCCACCCAUCACGCCCAAAUCAGCCACUCGCAGCCUGCUGCGAUCCAACAGCGUUGACAUAACCCCACCACUGCUCUCGGCGAUCGGUGAGGCCACUCCGGUCAACAUAGAACCGCGUAUAAACAUCGGUGUGAGGUACCAGGCAGAGGUACCAGAGCUGAGGCAGCGUUCAGCGGCCCAACAAGACCAUCCCAAGGCUGAGCUGGUCUGGGCUCCUCUCCACGACCUGGAGGCUAAACCUGGAGACCAGGAGAGAGUGGAUGACCUCAUGAACCUGGCGUGCUCAAGCGCUCUGCACGGCGGAGGGACCAAUCAGGAGCUGGCUCUGCACUGCCUGUACGAGUGCAAGGGUGACAUCAUGGAAGCGUUGGUCCUCCUGCUAUUGAAAACCCCCAUCUUCCCAAAGAACCACCGUCUAGGAUACUACCACUACUCCGGGUCAGACAGCUGGACCCCAGUUGAGAGAAGUUGCUUUAACAAAGGAAUCGCUGCCUAUAAGAAAGACUUCUUCAUGGUCCAGAAACUGUUCCUUUCCUCCGGCUCCAAUCCGCUUGGUCCUGUUGUGGUGGGUGUUUCUGUAAAGGCAGUCAAUGUCGUUCUCCUCCUCAGACGAGGAGGAGCAUGGAUCGGACCAAGAUGCGGAUUGGUAAGCACUAAGACGGUGGCUCAGUGUGUGGAGUUCUACUACAGCUAUAAGAGGCAGGUGAAGACGGGUCGGAGCGGAGUUCUGAUCUAUGGAGACAUGGAUCCACCUGAGAGCAGGAACACUGAGGAGGACCUGGACCACAAGAGCUCUCAGAGAUUAGAAUGUCGGAAGGAAGAGGAAGACAACAGGAACUGGGAGGGGUCAUUUGACAGGAAGCAGCGGGGCUCCAGUCCAAGCAGGAUGACACAGACGUUACAGACCACAGAGAACGCUGGAGCGGUCCUGGUGCUGAAGACACAGGAGGAUGUGAGGAGAGACCAGAUGUCUUCCCGGGUCAGUCACCCCCCUCAGCGCCCUCCCAGCGCCCCCUCCAAACCACGGCCGCCUCCCAAGACGGGGACCAUAUCAGGGACCAAGGGCCCCGCCGGACCAGAGGGAGAGUUCCCUUGCAAGAAGUGUGGCAGGAUCUUCUACAAGGUGAAGAGCCGCAGUGCCCACAUGAAGAGUCACGCGGAGCAGGAGAAGAAGGCCGCAGCGCUGAGGCAGAAGGAGGCGGAGGAGAAGGCAGCGGCCCAGGCGGCGGCAGAGGCUGCAGCGUUACUGGCCGCGCGGCAGAACGGGGAACGGGAGGGGAACACAGCCGGAGGAGACAGCACAAACGAUGACUCAUCUGAGGGAAAUGAUGAUGAAGAGGAAGAUGAGGACUGGCACUGAGACCAUAGAGAUAGAAAAGGAGCCCACCCCACCUGUCUUUGCCAUUAUGGAAAGUGCACACUCAAUCUAUCUGGCUAAGACAGACAGACAGACACACUGACAAACAGACAGCCCUCUCCACUGUCAGGGUGAGGGGUAACAAACAGAACAGAGCAGAACUCUGAGGCCUCAGAACCCUAGUGCCCUCGAGUGUUCAGCUACGGCUCCUAGUGCUCAAGGGACAUUUUACGCCCUCUUGUUACGCCUGAUUUAGCAGCAUUUCUCUGGGAAAAAACUGUCUUUAUAAACCAACUGCUUUUUUAUUGUUUCAUGGAACAGGAUCUCCUAUCUUGACACUUUCAGGGACAAGUUCUCUCACGUGUUUUCUCCCUCUUCCCUUUAACCUGCUUGUGAAGUGUUCAGGGGUUAACUCUCUCUCAGGCACACAGUAGGGCAGGAAAGAAAGCCAUGCCAUCUCUCUCUAACACCAAUACUUUUCUUUCUCCUGUCUGCCAUCCACCCCUGGCUUCUUCCUCUUCCUGUCAGCACUUUCAGCCAAUCACAACACAGCACACAGACUCAUCAGGUGGGAACUAUAUAGCCACGCCCCCAGCCCAGCCUUUUAAAACUAGAAUAGUUUGUGAUGCCUGGCAAUGCAAGACUACAUGAACCACAAUGCAACCCGGCUUGGCCACUGCUUUCUCUACUCUCUGCUCCCCAGUUUGAUAUGUUAUUAUGAAUAGAAGGACACCAUAUGAGUGAUUGGGACCAUGCAAUAUUGAAGUUGAAAGGACUUCCAGGUCAUGAAAAGCCCAGAUAGACUGAUGUGGUGAUAACACCAAAGAUGGUGGAUAAAUGAAGAUUUCGCACUCAGGCAGUUUACCAUUGAAAAAAAUGGUCAGUGCUUAAGGGGGUGGCUCUCUCAUAGGCACCAAUGCAUUAGUAGCUGGGUCUGAUCCGCCUAGUUCAUUGACUGUACAUGAAGUGGGAUGUCUCACUUCUUCCGUCUCUCGUAACACUGCCUGUGUGGAGGCUUACCUACAUGUGAAGGAAGGACAGUUUAUGGAACAGAACACACAUCGUUGUGUGAGUUUCAGCGUUUUUCCUGUUUGGGACUUUUUCACUCACUCAAGGCUGCCAAAAGCUUGCACAGAUGCGUCGGUCCUCAGUUCACCAAACUGGUUUCGUCUUCGUUUCAAAUGCUGUUCUUUUGAGUUUUAGUUGUGUGAAUCCCUACCCUGAUCACUUUGGUUAUAGUCAUCAUGUGGUGUUUCUCCUCACUGUCGAUGCCUUGGAUGUUGUUAACGCUUUUUAUCUUUGGAUGAACGACAAUCAAUUUUACAAAGGUUCUUUUUAUAUUCAACGAAUUACUGUUGCUUUUUUGCUUAUUAUAUCAAAUUGUUAAUGUUGUUUUUUGUUAAUAAUAUUGUUAUUAAUAAUGUCACUGUUGUCUCUUGUAUUAUUGUGAUUUUGGGUUGUUUUUGCGGCAGGUUGCUUUGGAGAUCUCUUUCUCAUUUGACUGUAGUUUCGGGUUAUUUAAGACAUUGCUUUCGCUGUCUGUUUUGAACUGUGAGGUUUUAGAAUGACAUCUAAAGACAGUCUGAGUAGAGAAGAGAUGUGAAACAGAAUUGUAAACGUGCAGUAGGUAGAACAACCACGUGAUCCCUGAUGACAACACCCCCUCCCCCUUAUUUAUUGUAUCCAGAUGUCACCCAAAUGUAAAACGGUUUAGGUAAGGUAACGGUAGGGGUUAAGGUCAGGGUUUGGGUUGGGUUUAGGGUACGGACAUCCCAAGGAUUCCGGGAUAGCACUAACCACAUCAUCACGGCAGGAGGAAAGAGUGAGGAAAACAUGAUGAUGGUGUUGACUUGAAUGGGUAUGUCCACUCUAUUUAUAGUCUGGACUCUUCGAAAAGGAUGUCUCUAUCUAUCUGACUAUCUUAUUGUCGACAUAUCUCGUUCUGCCAAGCUCCAUAUCUCUAUCUCUAUUGCCUCUGCCAAGCGCCAGACCAGACUCUAUCUGUCGCCAAGGCAACAAACGAGCAGGCUGAAGAUUCUUCUUAAGCAGUCAGCCACAGUGGGGAGCAGAGAGGAACAGCUCCAAUUACCGGACCCAGUUAAACCUACCUGGGUACUAUGCACUGUGUGUGUGUCAGAGGAGGCUGGCGGGGAGGGCUAUAGGAGGACGGGCUCAUUGUAAUGGAAUACAUGGAACAGUAUCAAACAUUUACAUUUGAGUCAUUUAGCAGACACUUUUAUCCAGAGCGACUUACAGGAGCAAUUAGGGUUAAGUGCCUUGCUCAAGGACACAUCGACAUAUUUUUCGCCUAGUCAGCUCGGGAAUUCCAACCAACAACCUUUUGGUUACCGGCCCAAUGCUCUUAUCUCCUAGGCUACCUGCCACCACCAGAAACAACGUGUUUGACUCCAUUCCACUGAUUCCAUUCCAGACAUUACAAACAGCCCAUACUCCUAUUAUAGCUCCUCCCACCGGCCUCUUCUGGAGUGUUUGUUUGUGAGUGUGUGGUGUGUAUGUAUUCUGGAGUGUUUGUGAGUGUGUGGUGUGUAUGUAUUCUGGAGUGUUUGUGAGUGUGUGGUGUGUAUGUAUUCUGGAGUGUUUGUGAGUGUGUGGUGUGUAUGUAUUCUGGACUGUUUGUGAGUGUGUGGUGUGUAUGUAUUCUGGACUGUUUGUGAGUGUGUGGUGUGUAUGUAUUCUGGACUGUUUGUGAGUGUGUGGUGUGUAUGUAUUCUGGACUGUUUGUGAGUGUGUGGUGUGUAUGUAUUCUGGAGUGUUUGUGAGUGUGUGGUGUGUAUGCAUUCUGGAGUGUUUGUGAGUGUGUGGUGUGUAUGUAUUCUGGAGUGUUUGUGAGUGUGUGGUGUGUAUGCAUUCUGGAGUGUUUGUGAGUGUGUGGUGUGUAUGCAUUCUGGAGUGUUUGUGAGUGUGUGGUGUGUAUGUAUUCUGGAGUGUUUGUGAGUGUGUGGUGUGUAUGUAUUCUGGAGUGUUUGUGAGUGUGUGAUGUGUGUGAUGUGUAUGCAUUCUGGAGUGUUUGUGAGUGUGUGGUGUGUAUGCAUUCUGGAGUGUUUGUGAGUGUGUGGUGUGUAUGUAUUCUGGAGUGUUUGUGAGUGUGUGAUGUGUGUGAUCUGUAUGCAUUCUGGAGUGUUUGUGAGUGUGUGGAAUGCCGCUUGCAAGUUUGCUUUUUCUAGUCAAAUAUCAUGAAAUAUAAUUUAGCCAGUUGAGAGAAGAGGUAUUAUUCUGACUGUUCACUUUUGUUAUCUCAAUUUAUCUCUCCUUACCCUUUUUUAAAUUAUUAUUUUACUCCCCACAAGAUUGUCAUGGGGAAUUGUUUGUUUUGAAAUGUAAUUUUAAUACUGUAAAACAGAAUUAAGGAGGAAAUUGAGGGAGGGCAUGCCACAAAUGCCAAGAAGCUGGAAGCCUUAUUCACUUUCAUUCAAUUAGUUAAGGGAAUAAAACACUUUACAUUUUAUUUACAUUAAGAAUAUCUAUGAAUUCAACUCUAUGAAUGCAUAAUUUGUAUGCUAUUUUCCUAUGGGGUUCAUUUCACACUAAUGAUGUAAAAUGGAAUGGAAUCUCAAUUGCUUUUUACUACAAUGUAACUUAUUUGGUUAAAUUAGAUUUUUACUACCUGUGUGUUUUUGUAAUAAAAAAUGGGGAAAGCACUGUUUAUUAAAAUGUUACAAUACUCAUGAAAUAA